AUGGUAAAGCUUCUAGUUUUUGCCAUUUUACUGGCAUCAUCGCCAGCUACCGGUUUACUCGAAGCUCUGUUUCGUACUGAAAACGGUUGCUAUACUGGUUGCUCUACAAAUUAUGCAGCUAGUUCAGGCCAUUUGAAUGCUUGCAGAAAAGGUUGUGAUUUCAAGUUACACAAUGAAAAUUGCGCAAGUAAAUGUAAAUCAUUUCCAGAAGAUAGUGGACUUAUAGCUAGCUGCGAAGUCGGCUGUACUUUGGGUGGUUCACGUGAUGAGACAAUAAGUUCAAAACCUAUCAUUGACGUUGAUCCAAUUUCAGAAGAGAAAGAUCUAGUAACUACGCCUGUAAACGUACAACCAGAACGUCCACGCUCAAUUAUUCUUAUACGCCUUCGUCAACAUCCAUCAGUUGAAGGUCCAAUGAUGCCAAUGGGAAAUAUGCAUCAUUUCUUCAAUGGUGAUCCAAUCCAAAUGUUCAAUGAUAUCAUUAAACAAUUUCAAGCACGAGCUAAUAACAUGGAACAAUCAAUUCGUCAUUCAUUUGAUGAAAAUUCAAAUGAACUUUCAAAACUUCCAGGUUUUGAGAGUGUACAAGAAUUAUCAAGAGAUAUGCCCAUUGUUCGUAUACCAAUCAAGAGUGAUUCUGAUUCAGAUUCAUCAAGUGAAGAACACCAUGAAAAACGUCCAAUGAUGAAUGAGCAUCACCAUAGCUUUAAACAUCUUCAUGACUUCCACCAUCAGCGGGAACACAUGCAACCAAUACAUAAUCGUUUUCGACAAUUCGUUACUGAUGUUCGUACCGAAUGGAAUGAUCUUGUCCGUAAACAACCCAAGAUCCCAAUAUGGAUCUUUCUUGCCAUUUUUCUUUCAUCAUCAGUUAUUCUUUGGUAUAUGGUUAUGUCACUUUGUCGCCAUACACCAUCUCGUGGUGCAUUAUCAAUUCGUGCUCAAGAACUUAUCUUUCAUCCAUACGAUUAUGAAGCAUAUGAAAAAGAAAAAAUUCAACCUGAUGAUCAACCUUAUGAGGCUACAGAAUCAUUACCAAUUAAAGUUAAAUUAUCCAAUAUUUAG